AUGAGCGCUGCCAACACUCUUGCCGACUUGAACGAAGCUGCUAAGGCCGUGAUGCAGUGUCUCAAAGGCCUUCCAGAGCAGGCCGACGUGAGAAUUGCUCUAAUUGGCGGUCUUGCUCUGUGGAACUAUCUUCCGCAAUAUCGCUCCACCACUGAUGCCGACUUCAUCAUCACGAUCGAAGUCUGCGGGCGGCGCCUCGAGGCGCCAAAGAAGAAGAAGGACGCCGACGAUGCCUACAACCUGCUGGUGGACGCAACCAAAGACGGAAACCUCAGACUCAAUUCUCGUGAUAACCAAAUUAUUGAAGUUUGCCUCCCAGACGUCAUUAAACACAGCAGCAGUGGACAGACUGAGAAAUGGUGGAGGGAAAAGCUUGGGAUGCCGGUUUCGAGGACUCCGUCCCCUACGAGGCCCAGGGGCUUGUCUCCGAAGCCCACCGCUACAAACCCUGCUGCCGGCGCUUCCAAGACUGCUACCGGCGCUUCCAAGACUGCUGCCGGUGCUUCCAAGCCUCCUGGUAAUGCUGCUGGCGGGGCUCCGGCAGGUCAGAAGUAA